AGUUUAUUAUACAAAUAGCGCGAGUACAUAAGUUCUCUAGCUCGUUUAACAGUAGAACGACCGGCAGAUUUUUUUUAUACUCGAUAAGCCAUUUGAAACAAGUCAUUUAGUACCCGCCUGUACUGCAUCAGCUUAGGAGAUUCGAACGGUAGAGAGGGCUGCGAAGGUUUUCUGUAACUCCAAUUGAAUUCCCGCUCCUGGCGGCCAUUUUGCAGUUUUCCACGUAACCGCUUGAGGUGGCAAGGAAGAUCCGACAAAAAAGAAGAUUAAAAUUAAUAGAUAAUGACUACGGGACAGAUCAGACAGAUCAUAGAGACAAUAUACGAUCGAUGCCUCUAUAGAGGUUGCAAGAACGGUCCAAUUUAUAAUGGAUAUAGGCUCUUCCGUUUCCCAGCUCCUGAGGACCCUCGGCAGAAAAUUUGGAUAAAGAAUUGCGGAAAUAAAAGACUACAAAUAUGGAGUGGGCUUUCUAUUCGAAGAGCCGGACUUUGUAAGAAUCAUUUUCGGCCUGAAUCCUUUACAAAAUAUUCACCGAAUGGACGGUUAAGAUUAAAACGAAAGUCAAUUCCAAUACCCUUUGAAGAAGCAGAAGAGUUACGGAGACAGAAGCAAGCCGAAGAAGUUAGAGCAGUGGAAUUACAUUUUGAAAAAACAGAAGAAUUGUUGAGACAGAAGCAAGCUGAAGAAGCUAGGGCGGUGGCAGAAAAGGCAGCAUUAAUAAAAGAAGAACAGAUGCAUCCUGAUGUAUCCGUAAAAGUAGAAGAUUAUGAAAUAUUGACUGAAGAGACAAUUGAAAUUGAAGAAAUAAUUCCAUCGAGUUCUGAAGAGACCGGACAGCAAAUAAAGAAUGAAUUCAUAGAGAAAUCUACAACAAAAAAUUCUGCAGUAGAAAAAUGUGUAAUAGAAAAACCUGAAAUUGAAACCUAUACAAUUUUGGAUCAACAAAGUGAACAAUUAUCUUCCAUAUCACAAUCAACCAGACCGAAGCAUGAAAUUCCUGACAAAAAGAAAGAGGUGGUUUACCUGGUGAAAGCCAUCCGAGACAUUCGACGACAAUUAAAGCAGUCUCAGUAUUCCAAGAAGAUGCUUCAAAUGCAGCUGAAUAAAAUUCUUAAGGAGAAUAAUCACCUACGUACAAAUAAGUACAUUUCGACCGACGAACACUUGAGGCGGUAGCUUUACAAACCGAAUGCUUCAUAUUUAUCAAAAUAAAGGCACUUCACCAAAUGGAUAUGUUAUGUCUUACAAUCUAUGUGAAAUUAUAUUUGAAUUUUGAGGUGGGAUGAUUUUACUCUGCCACUUUAUUUUAUGGUUUAAAUUCUAUUACAUGUUUAGUUCAGAUAAAAUCCGACGACAGCGCUAGCAUCAUUAAAACGCUACCUAUUGUAAUCAUGUUACGCGUUCUUAAUGGCGGCGCGUUGCAUGGCGCGAUUCUUAUAUUACGAUUUUAGGUUAGAAUUCAAACUAUUUGAAGUUGAAGUAUCUCUAAGGGUAAAGGGGAUUAAACUCAUUGUUUAAGUUUAUUCGUAAAAGUUUAGAAUUAACAUUUAUAGAAGAAGGUUUGACGAGUGUUUAUUUAAUUGUGCAUUUUACAAUGGGUGACAAGGUUUGUAAACUUUUGUUGGGAAAUGUCUUUUUCCGUUAAAAACGUUUGAAACAAAUGUUUAUCGGUUGAAUUUACUAUUUUUAGAAGCUCUUAAGAGAGUUGGAUGCUUUGAAGAAAACUUACGCGGAAAUGCAACAACUUUACACCUUGCUACGGCUCCUGAAAGCUGACUUGAAGAAAAUUACAGACAAUUUUUCAAAAAUUGAAAAAUAGAGGGGACAGUUAUAAGGAUGAAGAAUAACUGUAUAUAACAUAUGUCAUUAGAGAAAUGAAGUUAAACGUUAACGAUAGAGGGUAACCAGAAAUAAUGGAGCAAAGCUUUAACGUAUUCCAAUACAAAAGCUGCUCCGUUAUUUCUGGCCACCUUGUAAGUAUUACUCGACGUAUUACAGUAACAUAAAUAUAUUUCAUUCAAUUAAAAACAACAGAUGUAUUUAUCUAUGUAACGAGCGCAGCUUUCGUACAAAGGAAUGAACGCAGAAGUGUAAUCAAGGCCUGUAGCGCAUUGAAAGUGCACUUAAUUUAAAACCUAUAUAGUGCUGGUACAGUUUACUUAAGUCAACAAUUAAAUGCUAGCAUCUCAACAAUCUAAAUGAAUCCAUAAUUUUAAGUUUUUGUAGAGCCUUGAUUUAAUUAUUCGGUUUGCAUAACUAAUAACGAUAAGAUAGUCUCGGUAUAUUACUUCUUAACCUAAUAUAUACUUUAAGUGUACGUUAUCGUUAUUGUGUAUAUAUAAGUUACGCAUAGUUGGAGCACCCUGUACAUCACGGAUCUCGAGUUCUUUGUGCUUACACCUGGGCAAAAAUCCUAACAUCAUCAUAGGCCAAUGUUAAUAUUUAAUCAUUGUUGGACUAUUAUUGCCACAAUUGCCUAAACCGCUGUAUCAUAGAAAUCGUUUGCAGCCCUGUAAUCCAUAUUAACAUAUCAUAGGAAUGAACCAGCAAAGAUCCGAACGAUGAUUUUUUUGACUAGAAUAAAUAUAAGUCUCUCUACUUCGUUACAAUAAUAUUACAAUAAUAAAUAUUUCUCUUUCUACCAUCUCA